UAAGUCCGGCUACAUAACUAAAAACUUAAAAAAAUAAAAAAAAAAAAAAAAACACCUGUAUGAGAAGAGGAAUUCUACGUGCGCCGUCUUUACGGUAAAGACGCUUGUUGAUCCCGCCCUCUCUUUGAUAGAAAACUGUGAUGUCGCUUCGUCUUUAACGAGCUUGACCCAGAAGAACCCAGGGAAGGAGGGGAAAAAACACACUAAAAACGGAAUAGUCUGGAAGGGGUCGGGACAGUAUUUCAACGAGCAAGUCCAUUCCUCCCUGUUUUCUGGGCUUGGUGGUUCGGUGACCUUCUAUCCAUGAGCAACUAGAGCUCACCUCUACUACCAAACCACGCCCACAGGUGAAGUGUGUAUGAGGCUGCAUGGAUGUGUGUAACGCCCCCACCCCCCUCCCCCCUGUCUCCCCUUGGGGCCGUGUAGUGUGUAUGGAGCAGUGUGAGAGCGCAGCAGCUCUGCUGGAGUCGGUCAGGGAGCAGGAGGUGCAGUUUGAACAGCUGACCCGGGCGCUGGAGGAGGAGAGGAGGAGAGUGGGCCUCCCUGCCACCAGCCCCUCGGCUCUGGGUCGCCCCCUCCCUCACACACAGAACGGGCGUUUAGGGGAUGCAGACAUAGAACGGCUGAAACUGACUGACUCCUACAUUAACGGCACACAGUACAGAAUGGUGGACCCUGCACACGGCGCUCUGGAUGAGAGCUACACACCAGAGGACGAGUCCCAGGAAGUGCGCUCAGUCUUUUCUGACGACGGAACCACCCGACGGCCAGAUAAUGGCAUGAAGAAACCAAUCUCGCGCACAGUCCUGCCCUCUGACUCGAUGUCCAUCGACGGGGGCUUGUCGGUGUCUGGUAUGGGCGGCUACAGCGCCACACUGGACCGUCCUUACAGACAUGCUGGACCAGCAGAUUACCCCACGGCCACAGUUCCCAGAAACUACUACUGUCCCCCUGUUGGCGGUUACGAUGACUACCGGGGAGGCCCACCAUCAGAGGCGUACACUAGCCUGAGCAGGGGCUCACACAUGGAUGACCGCUACAGGCCAGUUGACGGCUACAGGACCCUGGACUCAGGCUACCGGGCGCCAAGCCGCCAGCAGCUUGACCCGUAUGCAGCACAGCCCCAGGUGAGCCGCGGAAUGAGGGCCUUGGGCUCAGCGUUGGAGGUGCGGUACGGCCACGGCCACUACGGCCUGGAGGAUGACCAGCGCAGUGUAGGAUAUGACGACUAUGGCAUGGGGCCUCCACCCAUGCACCCUGGAGGCUACGGUACCAUGCCACGCCUAGGUCCCGGCCCCGGUGGUAUGGACAGACGAAGACUAAGGAGCUGUGAGGAUACUUUGGACGGCGACAUGGGAGGAGUUGAUCCUUAUACCUGGGGCGUUCCCAUGCCGAUGGAGAGGGGGAGCAUGGCUUCACUGGACAGCACGCUGAGGAAGGCUCCUCCUGCUUCAUGGAGACAGCCAGAGCUGCCGGAGGUCAUCGCCAUGUUGAACUACCGUCUGGACCCUGUCAAGACCAACGCAGCCGCAUUCCUCCAGCAUCUCACAUUCAAAAACGAUAAGGUUAAGUCGGAGGUGCGUCGCCUGAAGGGCAUCCCAUCCUUGGUGUCACUGCUGGACCACCCCAGCAAGGAUGUGCACCACUCGGCCUGUGGAGCACUGAAGAACAUUUCAUAUGGGCGAGACCAAGAAAACAAGAUUGCCAUCAAGAACUGCGAUGGAGUGCCCGCUCUGGUCAGGUUACUGAGAAAAACCCACGACCAGGACCUCACUGACACUAUCACAGGCACCUUGUGGAACCUCUCAUCCCAUGACUCUGUAAAGAUGGAGAUUGUGGACCACGCCCUGCACGCCCUUGCUGACGAGGUGGUCGUUCCUCACUCCGGCUGGGAGCGAGGGAGCAAUGGAGGAGAGGAGAGCUGCAAACCACGCCAUCUGGAGUGGGAGACCGCCUUGACCAACACUGCUGGCUGCCUUAGGAAUGUGAGUUCAGAACGCAGCGAGGCCAGACGAAAGCUGAGAGAAUGCACAGGAUUGGUGGAUUCGCUCAUGUACGUUGUGCAAUCACAGAUCAACCGCAAAGAUGUGGAUAACAAGUUGGUGGAGAACUGUGUCUGCCUCCUGAGGAAUCUGUCCUAUCACGUUCACCGUGAAGUCCCCGGCAGUGAGCGCUACGCAGAGACCACACCCCUCAACCAGGGGCCGGCCACCGCUAACAAAGGAGGCUGCUUUGGCUCUCGAAAGGGCAAAGAUGAGUGGUUUUCAAAAGGAAAGAAGGAUGGAGAUGAUGGGAGUGGAGAUCAAGUUGACAUUCCAAAGAGGUCAACACCUGCCAAAGGUUAUGAGCUGUUGUUCCAACCAGAGGUGGUUCGUGUUUACACAUCGCUGCUCAGAGAGAGUAAGAACCCCUCGGUGCUUGAGGCCGCUGCCGGUGCCAUCCAGAACCUGUGUGCCGGCCGAUGGGCUUAUGGUCGGUAUAUCAGGGCCACUGUGCGUCUGGAGAAGGGUCUUCCCAUGAUGGCAGAGCUACUGGCUCAUGGCAAUGACCGUGUGGUUCGGGCAAUGUCCGGAGCCUUGAGGAACCUCUCCAUCGACAACCGUAACUGCCAACUGCUUGGUUUGCAUGCAGUGCCUCACCUUGUGGCCAACCUGCCUGGAGGCCAGAAUCAGUCAGGGCGCAAUCUAUCCGAGGAGACUGUGGUGUCUGUAUUGAGCACGCUCACUGAGGUGCUAGGCAACAGUGUGGAAGCAGCAAAGACUCUCCGAGCCUCGCAGGGUAUUGAGAGGCUGGUGCUUAUCAACAAGGACAGCAAGCGCUCAGAGCGUGAGGUGCGGGGAGCCGGCCAGGUGCUGCAGCUUGUCUGGGCCCACAAAGAGCUGCGCAAGCCUCUUGAGAAAGACGGCUGGAAGAAGACGGACUUCAUGGUCAAUCUCAGCACCACCAACGGCCCGAGCACACGAGCCAACGGCACCUAUGAAGACAGCACCACGCCACUGCUAGACAGAGGGGAAAAGAGGGACAUGAUUCCACUAAAUGACCUCGGCCCUGAUACCUACUCAACACUGGACCAGAGGGAGAGGAGACACACUCUGGAUGAAACCACAGACACUUUACCGCGAGGGGUGUAUGGGGGCAGAAAGGGCUCCUUGCCCCUGUUGGACUCCUACGAUGGUUAGCCCUCCCCAUCCCCUCUACCCCCCUCUGCAUGUAACCGCAUGAAAAACUGAUAGUGUGCAUCACCCAGACUGGGCCGUCCCUGCCCUACCACUGCUACUGAGGAGAGAAAAUUCAGAUGGACAGACUCUCUCCCUCUCCCCCUUCUCCUCUCUUUCUCCCUCUAUCACCACACAUAUGGGAUUAGAAGAUGAGGGUUGGCAUCCAAAGAAAGUGGCCGUGUUGCAGGCAGAAACGUUUCAUGCAACACACACACACGUACAGAACAUACACACCUACUUUUUAUGAAUUCAUUCAAUUGUAGCAACAGAAAUAAAUUCAGUUUUUUUAAAUUAUAAUUCUCCUGUAAAGGCAAUCACCUGUUGACAAUCAUUUUUAAUUCCGGUGUUGUCCUGCUUGUUUUUAUUUUUCUUCGCUAUUGUCAACAUUUUGGUAAAUUGUCAUGCCAACACCUGCAUCCUGAUGAUGCAUUUUUACGUAGACUUCUAUGUAGGGUAUAUACUGUAUAUAAAAAGAAAAUGGGAUGACUGCAUUAGUUUUGGCUCAUUAAUUUAAAUCAUCCCUUUACUGGGAUUGUUGGGAGGUUUGGGCUGACAGACUUACUGCCGCCCUGUAGAUUGAGAAUGUUGUUUAUAUAGGAGUUAUUUUCCUGUCUAGAGUUAUUUUCUCUCAGUUGGGAUGAGCACAGGUGUAGACAAGAAAAGGGCAGGUGUGUGUAUAUUUGUCAUACAGUAAGCCUGUUACCGUGCGUGUGUGUGUGGAAAAAUUAAUAUGGACCUUGGAGUGAGUGUUUUUGUGUGCGUGUGUGCACGGAACAGACCCAUAAGAUGAAUAUUUCAUCCGCUCAUGUCUGUUUUUUUUGGUGUGCGUUUACUCCUCUAACAAAGCAUUGUUUUGUUUUGCCUCUUUUUGUGUUUGACACCUUAAUUUUUCAAACACACAAAAUUGGCACUGAAAUGUGAAGCUGGGACCAUCGUACACUACUAAACCACUAAAACAUUGUGACAUCCUGCUUCAGAAACCAUUCCUGGCCCAACUGUAAAACAUUCACACUAUAGACAAAACCUACUUAACGGUUUAUUCUUUAUUUAGAAAGUAACAAACACUUCAGGAGGGUCUUUUGUAAUAAUUAUCUCCUUUUUAAAUCACUACUUGCUGUGGUUUUUUUUUUUUUUUUAUUUUUGCAAUAUAAUCGUUCAUACUGACAUUCUUGUUUUUCGGUUUUACAAAAACCACACUUAAAUAUGGGAGAAUUCCUCACUCAGAGGACACUCGAUUUUUUUAACAGACCAAUUGGGGAGAGAUACUGAUGUAUAAUUUAAUUUGGGAAGUGGAUAAAAGCACAUUUUUGAUCUAUGAUCCAUUUGUUUUUACCAUUUUUUUUUUUUUGUUGUAUUUUUCCAUUUUGUGUCAGGUUUGUUUAAAUUUUAUUUCGGGUUUGUAUGUAUGGGAGUGGUGGGUGAGAGCAUUAUGCAAUUUGUUCAACUUUUUAGUCCCAGUUUUACUUCGGAGUUGUUUUUAAGGCAAAAGAGACCAAUCAUCUUUGUUUAGUUUUUUUUUUUUUUUUUUUAAAACUCUCCACAGUAUAUUUGUAAUGUUGCCUAUCCAUGUAAAAUUAUGAUGUACCAUUCAUACCUGCCUUGGCUCUGAGAAGUUGCUUUUUUCAGUGAAGUAUGUAACUGUUAAAACUGUUGUUUUUAUAAAUAAAAAUCUUUUCUUAGACAAGA